AUGUGGGCAUUUCAGCAACAGUCAUCGCUGGCGCUGCAGCAGCAGCAGCAGCAGCAGCAGUUGUUGCAGCAGCAACAACAGCAGCUGCUGCAGCGCCAGCAGCAGAGUUACGGCUGCACUGGGAUACGUAAAGACCUUCCCUAUCAGCAGCAGCAGCACCACCAACACCACCAUUACCAUGAUCAACACCAUCAGCAGCAGCAGCAGCAGCAGCAGCAGCAGCAGCAAUGUCUUGGUUCCCCUAAGCUGCUCCGUCAUGCUCCUCAGUCAUUAGGCAGCAGCAGCGGGGGUUUAUCAUCAAGACAAACUUCCUGCGGUCCUAGUCGUUCCUUUAGCAGCAGCGAGGACAUUACGCGGCCCCACAGCAGCAGCAGCAGCAGCAACAGCAGCAGCAGCAGCUGCAGUAGUAGUAGUAGUAAUAAUAAUAAUUUUGCCUUCUCCCUAGAUCCGGAGAGUUCUUUAAGACAUAGCAGCAGUAGCUGCAGCAGCAGCAGCAACUGCAACAGCAACAGCAACAACAGCAACAGCAGCAGCAGCAGCAGCAGCAGCAGCAAGACUCUCCUCAGCAACCGUACCAUUCCUUAUAUUGAGUCAUGUCUGCAGCAUCCUGAUGAACCUUUUGCUGCUGAUUUGCUGCAGGAUUCAUCAUCAUCAUCAGCAGCAGCAGCAGGUGCAGCAGCAGCAGCAGCAGCAGCAGCAGGAGGUGUAUUAUCAGGGGAAUCCAAUAUAUUACCCCCUGAUGAGCUUCCUUCUUCUUCUAUACAAAUGCAUGCAGAAGAAAGAGGGGGGCCCCUAAGGGGGCCCCCCUCCUUCUGUGGUCUAUCUGCAGGGUACUUUGGGGGCCCCCAUGGAGGGUCCUAUCUACGAUGUAAGGCAAGGACAAGGUCUUGCUUCUCUAUAUCUGAGGAGACACAGGGGCACUCUGCUGCAGCAGCAGCAGCAGCAGCAGCAGCUGCUGCUGCUGCUGCUGAUCUUCGUCGUGUUCGUUUUUCUGUUGCUGAGGGGCAACAGUUAUCUCCCGUUGCUGCAGCAGCAGCAGCAGCAGCAGCAGCAGGGAGAGACGCACCCAUCACUAAGUCUGCUGUGCUGCAGCGCCGCAUGAGUGACAGCGGAGCCCUAGGAAGGAGUUCUGUAUCAACAUCAGCAGCAGCAGCAGCAGCAGCAGCAUUUGCUGCUGCUGCUGCUGCACCAUCAGGUGCAACAGCAGCAACAGGGAGUGGGGCCCCCAGCAGCAGCAGCCAAGCCCUUGCUGGGUACCUUACUCUUAGUCUUGAUUCCCCUUCCUUGGGGGCCUCGGGCCCUGUACACCCCAGCGAUGUAUUCAGUCGUAUGGAUGUUGCUGCUGUACCCGAAGGCUGCUCCAGUACUGGCGCAGGGACUCAUGUUUUGCUGCAGCUGCAGGAGAGCGCGCAGCAGCAGCAGCAGCGGACGGAGUCUGCUCGUGCUGCUGAAGCUGCAGCAGAGGCAGCAGCACAAGAAGCAACAGCAGCAGCAGCGGAUGCAGAAGCAGCAGCAGCAGCGGCAGCAGUUGCUGCUGCUAACUCGGCAUCUGCUGAAGCAGAGGCAGCAGCAAUCGAGGCCCUAGCAGCAGCAAAAGAAGUUGCAGCAGCAGCAGCAGCAAAGACGCACCCAUCGGCUGCAGCUGCAUCAACAGCAGCAGCAGCAGCUGCUGCUGCUGCUGCUCCUCUACGUGCUGCAUCCCUAUCAGCUCUGCACACUCACAAGUCACCACCGAAGGUUAUCUAUCGCGCUGAAUCUAUGAAGCCGCAGAAGUCUUACCGUGAGAAUUUUGCUGCAGCAGAGGCCCUUGAUUGCGACGGUCUGCUGCCUAGCAGCAGCAGCAGCAGCAGCAGCAGCAGCAGCAGACACCAACGAAGGAGCCCUUCUUCUCCUGAGUUAGGAAGCAAUGUAGAGACCCAUCAGCAGCGGAUAUCUGCUGCCGCUGCUGCUGCUGCUGCUGCUGCUGCUGCAGGUGGAGUUGCUGCUGGUGCGGAGGGUGUGGUUGUCACCCCAUCCGCCCAGACAAAUAGCAGCAGCAGCAGCAGCAGCAGCAGCAGUAGCAGCAGCAGCAGCAGCGGGCAGCAGCACCACUCUGCCCUCUCCGCCUUCGCUAGGGCCUUCCGCCCUAGUGUACGUUUAAUGGGGCAGCGCCUUGCUCGUCAUAGUUUAUUUUCUUCUUCCUCCUCUGCUGCUCCUCGUGCUGCUGCUGCUGCUGCUGCUGCUGCAGCACCUGCACCUGCUCCUGCUUCUCCUCCUGUUCCUGCUCCUAAUGUUGUUCCUCCUUCUGCUGCAGCUUCUCCUCCUACACCUGUUGCUGCUCCUUCUCCUGCUGCUGUUCCUGCUGCUGGGUCUGCGUCUGUUACUCCUGAUGAUCUGCUGCUGAGGAAGGAAGCAGAAGCAGCAGCAGCAUCUGCUGCUGCUGCAUCAGAGGCAUCUAUUUGGCAGCAGCAGCAGCAGCAGCAGCAGCGUGGUGUAGCAGACACAGAAGGAUGCCGCUUAAUUACCUCGCAAGGACACAGCAGAACAAGAUCUUCUCUUACAGAGCAGCAGCAGCAGCAGCAGCAGCAGCAGUACUACUAUGCCCAACAGCAGCAGCAGCAGCAACAGCAGCAGCAGCAGCAGCAGCAUCAUCAUCAACAUCUGCUUCAGCAGCAGCAACAACAGCAACAGCAGCAACAACAGCAAUACAUGCAUGAUUUAGGUCCCGUACAAGCCGAUGCUAGCAAGUCCUACCUGCAUGCAGCAGCAGCAGCAGCAGCAGCAGCAAAGCCACAGGUUGCUGCACCUAAGCAUCAUGGCCUUCUUUCCCUUAGUCACAGAUUGAUGCAUCCGUUAGAUUCAGCGAGCAGCAGCAAAAGGCAGCAGCAGCAACAGCAGCAGCAACAGCAGCAGCAGCAGCAUCUAUUGCAGCAUCAGCUGCAGCAGCAGCAGCAGCAGCAGCAGCAUGAGAGCCGUAGCUUACUGCAGCGAGCAGGCAGCCUUGCUGCUGCUAGUCUGCAUGGUGGUGCUCUUCUUCGUUCAAGUUCUUCUUUGUUGCAGCAUAAACAUCAUCAUCAUCAUCAUCAACAGCAGCAGCAGCAGCAGCAGCAGCAGCAGCACCAUCACCAGCAGCACCAACACCAAUAUCGUCAUGAUAUGUAUGAUUAUCCUCAUCGGCAAUCCAUUCAUAUCCAUUCACCUCGUCAUCGUCAUCUACUGCAGCAGCAGCAGCAGCAGCAACAGCAACAGCAGCAGCAGCAGCAGCAACAGCAGCAGCAGCAACAGCAGACACAAUUAAUGCCUCGUUCUCUUGCUGCACCUCAGCAGCAUAAUUUAUUACAACUGCAGCACAUGCAUCAUCAAUUACAACUGCAGCAGUUACAUCAAUUACAUCAACUGCAGCAACUGCACCACCUACAGCAGCAGCAGCAGCAGCAGCAGCAGCAGCAGCGGGUACCUGAGUACGAUAUACAAUUUGGUGGUCUAUUAGUUCGUCUAUUAAGGAAAUUAAGCGCCAAAUGUCAUUGCCAAUUUGAUGUAUGGGAGGCAGAGGCUGUAGGUCUUGCUGCUGCACCUAAAUCAGCAGCAGCAACAGCAGCAGCAGCAGCAGCAGCAGCAGCAGCAGCAGCAAAUGCAGCAGCAGCAACAACAAAUGUAUCAGGUGGUAAUAUUCGUCGUUUAAUAGAUAUACAACAAUAUGAUCAUAUAAUACCAUCAUCUUCUUCCUCUUCGUCAGCAGCAGCAAAUGCAGCAGCAGCAGCAGCAGCAGCAGCAGCAGGAGGAGGAGGAGGAGGAGGAGGAAGCAGUACACUAGAUGGUAGUCCAAUAGAUUCAUUAGGUAUAAUACAUAUGUUAUUAUUAGGUAAGAAGAGAAGAUUUGCUAUAAAGUUACUAGAUAUAGAUAAGACAGAGGAACAAAGAAAGAAAUAUAAAUUACAUAGCUGUAUACAAGAAGGAAUACAAUUAAAGGAUAUUUGCUGCCAAUUAUGGGGUCAACAAGUACCUUAA